UUUUUUAAAAGCAAAACUGGAAGUGCGACUUUGUGGUUGCAAUAUAUCAAAACAUACCAAGCAACUGACAACAACAACAACAAAAAUGGAUGAGAAAGAUGUUCCAAUGAACUUGAGGGAAGAAGAAGAAGAAAACCUAAGUGAAGAAACCAAAACUUGGAUCUCUUCACUUCCUUGGGAGAUAGAUUACCUUGGGAACAAGCUGUUCAAGUACGAAGGAUACUGGUACUACGAAGACGUUCUCCAAUCGAUCCCAAAUAUCCAGUCGGGUUUUAAGCCACAAGAAACCGACAUAAUUGUUGCUUCUUUCCCCAAAUCAGGCACGACUUGGCUCAAGGCACUCACAUUUGCACUCGUUCAACGAUCAAAACACCCUUCGGAUGAUGAUCAUCAUCCUAUGCUAUCUCAUAAUCCUCAUGAGCUAGUGCCGUAUCUCGAGUAUCUCAAAAGCUCAAAACCAGACUUGACCAAGUUCUUAUCAUUGUCAUCAUCUCCGAGAAUGUUCUCAACUCACAUGCCGUUGCAUGCGAUUCAAGAACCGUUGAAGGAGUCUCCUUGCAAGAUCGUGUACGUGUGCAGGAACGUGAAAGACGUGUUGGUGUCUCUUUGGCAUUUCUUCAAUGCCAACAAGGGAGUACAAUGGAACGAUUUUAGCCAAACCGAGAAGAUCAUUCGAGAGGAGGAUUACUCAUUCGAGGCUAUGUUUGAGUCAUUCUGCAAUGGAGUUACCGUAUACGGUCCCUCUUGGGACCAUGCACUGAGCUAUUGGCGAGCCAGCUUGGAAGAUCCCAAGCAUGUUCUUUUCAUGAUGUACGAGGAGUUGAAAGCGGAGCCUCGUACUCAGGUCAAGAGACUUGCAGAGUUCUUGGAUUGUCCAUUCACUAAGGAAGAGGAAGAUAGCGGAUCUGUAGACAAGAUCGUGGAACUUUGCUCUUUAAGUAAACUAAGCAGUUUGGAGAUCAACAAAUCGGGAGCGUUGGGUGGAGUAGAUUUCAAGACUUAUUUCCGUAAAGGAGAAGUCGGUGGCUGGAAGAGUUAUAUGACACCUGAUAUGGAGAACAAAAUUGAUAUGAUCAUCGAGGAGAAACUCAAAGGUUCCGGUUUAAAAUUCUAGAAAUUAUGUGUGGUUUAUGCAUUACUUGAUAAUAAAAAGUUACAUUGUUAUGGUUAUAUUGUUACUUUGAUGGUAACGUUGAGUGAUGUGUGUCUAUGGUUUUUGUUUCUUUUUGAUUUUCAAUAAAAAUACCUUCAGAGGUUAACAAAAGAUUAGUUGCAGCGCUACUGGUUGAAAUUGAUUUCAACUUUUCAUUGCUAAACUUAAUUUGUUUGCUCUGUUACUCGCGUGAUUUGACGAUCAACAAUAAAUGGGACAAGAAUAUCGUAUUUAGAUGUGGAUUAGGCGAUUAGCCAUGUUGAGAUUGCAGUGCAUGUGUGACUUGAGAUAAAUCAGGUAAACCAUAGCUAAACUCAAACUAACAUAAUAACCAGAACAAUAGUUUCAGUAAAGAAACUCAUUUGGUUAAAAAGCAAAGAGAAAGCAAAAAGAUGCUACAAACUCUCAUGACUGCGCAUGAAAUCAGUGAAAAA